AUAAAACUGAUGUAGCCUAAAAUUUUGAUUUGUAAAAUGGACCUUUGUUUUUACAUUGUUAAGAAAAGUUAUUAAGAAACAAGAUUAACCAGAAAUCGACGUGGACCCACUUCGAAAAGUUUUACAACAUGAAAUCUUUGUCUAAUCUUGUUCAGAAAUGCCAGACUUGUCCCUACUUCACAACAUUACCGUUUUUUAUGGAAAAUCAUGCCAAACGCAACCAUUCUUUAAUGCUACAUUUCAGCUGUGAUGACAAUGUAGAAACUUAUUGCUGUCAAGCUUGCAACUUCCAGACAGAUUUUAUUAUCACUUUGAAAAAACACAUUAAAGAGUGUCACCCAAGUGGAAGAAAUAACCUUCAGCCAGAUGUCAACUACAGCUGUAAAAAUUGCAAUUUCGAAACUUAUACCGCAAUUAAACUUCUGCAGCACAAUAUAACUUGUCAAGAUGAUCACCAACGAGCCAAGAUAAAAUUACACAUAACUGGAAAUCAUUUACAAAAAAUUCGCUGGUAUCCAUGUGGAAAAUGUACUUACAAGGCGAAAUCAAAAAUUCAUUUAAAAACACACGUCUACGUCAAACACACAGACGAAAACGACAUCAAAUGGCAGAAGUGUGAUCAUUGUUCAUAUGUGGCAAAAACUUUAGAACGAUUAAAAAUACAUAUAAAGCACAAACAUUUGGGUGAUAAAACCCAGUGGUAUUAUUGUGAUAAAUGCCUGCACAAAACCAAAUAUAAACGUGGAAUAAAAGAGCACAUGAUAAGUGUACACGAGGAAAGUAAACCAGUCAAAUGUAAAAAGUGUUGGCGCACUUUUAAAAAUAUGGACCGCUUGAGAAAACACACACUUAACAUACACUUGGAUGAGGACAAGAUUCAGUGGCAUCAGUGUGAACAAUGUCCAUACAAAGCUAAAAUCAGGGAGAACUUGUCACGACACAUACGUUAUAUACAUAAAGAUGGUAAGAAAUAUCGUUGUGAUCACUGUACCUAUAAAUCACGUAGUUCGUUCAUAAUAAAAGAACAUAUGAACGCUAAACAUUCACAGGACAGUGAAGUUACGUGGCAUCAGUGCACAAAAUGUCCACAUAAAUAUAAAACUAGCUCAGGUUUAAGACAUCACGUGCGCACUCAGCAUGAAGGAUUUCGUGGAAAAUAUCAGUGUGAUCAAUGUGAUUUUACGACGAUAACUUCGCAAUCUUUAAAAGACCAUAUGAAUAGCAAACAUUUAAGUGACACUGAAGCUAAGUGGUACCAGUGUGAAGAAUGUCCAGCUAAAUACAAAAUUAAAUCGUCUUGGAAACAACACAUGAACUUGAAACAUCCAAGUGGUAAGACGUAUCAGUGUAAUCAAUGUGAUUAUAAGUCAGGUAGUUCACAAUGUUUAAAAGGCCAUAUAAAUAGCAAACAUUUAUGUGACUCUGAAGCGGAGUGGUAUCAGUGUGAAAAAUGUCCAGUUAAAUAUAAAAAUAAAUGGACUUUGAGGCAGCACGUACGCUUGAUACAUCAAGGUGUUAAGAAGUUUCAGUGUGAUCAGUGUGAAUUUAAGUCACGUUAUAUUCGCUCGCUAAAAAAACAUACAAGUAGCAUGCACUGACAACGUCGCAGUAAAGUUAAUGUAACUAAGUGAGAAGCGAGAAGUGACUUUAUGAAUGCAAACUAAAACAAACAUUUACAAAACAUUCAUUUUUGUCA